CUUGAAAAAUUGUGCAAAGUUGUAAUCUGGUGACGCGAUUAUAAAUUUUUAUUGCGCGGUGAUCGGUUUCCUCUCAGUAUCGGUAGUGAAGUAUACAAGAUCGGGCGAAUCCGAAAAUUUCUGAACAAUAAGAUAUGUCGUUGUAAAAAAAGCGAGCGUGUUUCGUGGGUGAAUGUAAAAUAAAAUCUGGACGAAAUAUCGCGUAAUUUCGAGGAUCGCCCCAACAUUAAUUGCAAUAAAAUUCGACCGUUGCGAGAAAGAUAAGAAAGAUUGCCGACAUGGAAUGGAUUAAUUAUUUCGUAACGGCGUUCGAUGGCUCGUCGUCUCACACGUUAAACGUGCUGGAUAAUUUCGAGUCUACCAAAAGUGGAAAGUUGAAAUCAGAAUUUUAUCACGAUGCGAAUGAAAAUGAAAAGAUGCCGGCCGACGCGAAAGGGAAAUUGUACACCAACUGCAACACCUCGGUGUGGGCGAGGAGCUGCGAGAAGGAAGUGAUCGAGCCCCUACGAUCGACCGAAGUCACCGGUACCAUCCCCAAAUGGCUGAAGGGCACCCUGCUGCGAAACGGUCCGGGCAAUCUAAAAGUGGGCAAAUAUCGAUAUCAGCAUCUCUUCGACAGCUCCGCCUUGCUGCACAGAUUCGAAAUCACGGACGGUGAGGUCACCUACCAGCGGCGAUUCGUCCAGACCGAGGUGUACAAGAGGAACAUGGCGGCUCAGAGGAUAGUCUUCAACGAGUUCGGUACGAGCGCGACGCCGGAUCCCUGUAAGACUAUAUUCCACAGAGUGGCCACGGUGUUCAAUCCGAACAAAACAUUGUCGGACAAUACCAUGAUUUCGGUGUACCCGUUCGGUGACGAAUAUUAUACCUUCACGGAAGCGCCGGUGAUGCACAGGAUCGACCCGAAAAAUUUAGCGACGCUGGACAAGAUAAAUCUGCCCAAGUACGUUAACAUCGUACAUCAUACUUCACAUCCGCACGUUAUGGCAGACGGUACGGUUUAUAAUGCAGGAUUGAGCAUCACGCCGAUGGGACCUCGUUACAUCGUCGUGUGCUUCUCUCCUAGUAGCGUGGUUGUUGAUGAAUCUGGAGAAGAAAAAGAACUCUCCAUGUUCGAUCAAGCGACGAUUGUGGCCAGUGUGCCGAGCAGGUGGAUGUUCAAUCCAUCAUACAUGCACACCUUCGGCAUCACCGAUAAUUUCUUCAUCAUAUUGGAACAACCGCUGUCGAUCUCCGUUGUUAAGAUGACGACGGGUCGCUUUAAACAAGAACCAACGAUGAACUCCCUCAAGUGGCACGACAACGAAAGCACUCUUAUCCACGUGAUCUCGAGGGAGACGGGCAAAACGGUAAGAACGUUCGUCGCAGAGACGUUCUUCUACCUGCACAUUAUUAAUCAGUUCGAGACUCGCGAUGGAGACUACAUUGCGCUGGACGUGUGCUGUUAUCGUAACUCGAAGAUGUUGGAGUACAUGUACAUCGACGCGAUGAACAGUAUGCACGAAAACGCCGAUUUCUCGAGGCUGUUCCGCGCCAGGCCGCUUCGCUUCGUACUUCCGUUGAGACAACCAAGCCAGGACACGCCGCCGGAGCGUAAUCUCAUCGCGGUUAAAACUGUGUAUCAGAGCACGGUUGUCAACGGCGAGCCUGUCGAUCGUAGACCGAGCUCUGACAUCAAUGGCAAUGCAGGCGACAACGAGUAUCACGAUCAAGCCAAGCGCUGGCGAGACGAACACAAAAGCGCCCUGCGGAAGAAGCCGUCCGCUCACCGACUUCUGGACGGCAGGAUUUUCGUGAAGCCGGAGCUCCUCUGCGACGUCGGUUGCGAGACCCCGCGGAUAAACACGGACUUCCAUCUCGGCAAGGAGUACCGAUACUUCUACGCGAUCUCCUGCGACAUGGACCUGAAGAACCCCGGGACGCUCAUCAAAGUUGACACCGUUCGAAAAACCAAGAAAAUGUGGCAGGAAUGUAAUGUUUAUCCAAGCGAGCCAAUUUUCGUACCGGACCCUAAUGGAAAGAACGAGGACGACGGGGUGAUUGUGAGCUCGCUCGUCUGGGCGGAAAACGAGACUCAAGUCGGUCUGUUGGUCUUGGACGCUGUGACAUUUACGGAAAUCGCGAGGGUCACCUUUGACACACCGGGACCGGUGCCUAAAUGUCUGCACGGUUGGUUCAGUCUGGCCAAGUAACCGGAUGCGGAAGAGACUGCCAAUGGAACGUACAGUGUCGUUCAAUUGAGCGAAGGGAAGGCUCAUUUGAGCCCCUUCGAGAUUUCAAAGUCUUAAGAAUUUUUAAUUACUUUUAUCGCUAAGAAACUUUUCCCUCUUUGCACCCUCUAUCUCUUUUAAAUAUAAAGAUGCGUGAUCGACAUCUAACAGGUAUUCAAUCUACCGAUACCGAGCCCCGAUAACAAAUCUUGAAUCGUAGAUAGUGAAAAGUUAAUAAGCGAAGACAGGUGUUGGUGUCUAAUCAUUUUCUCCAUUUCCCUCGCGUUCUUUUUGUAAUUGCGCUGAUUGAAUUGUAUUGUCGAGUACACGAAUAUAUGUAUAAUAAAUUAUUUAAUGUCUUUCCACGAUGCGUAAUGUAUUUACAAUCGGCGGACAGCGCCAUCGUAUACGAUAAUAAAUGUACAAUCUAACGAGAUGAGAAUCUAGUCGAGUGGAAUGUAAAAUGUAUCUUAAAUAUCGUCAGAAAUUUUCGCGGUUCUUUGAAUGGCGGAAUAUCAAAACGACGUUGAAGCCAUUCUCUAGAAUUCUCUAGAAUGCGGCGACAAUAAUCAUAAGAGUUCGAUGUAGACAACACUGUCUCGAUUACGUUAAACUGUCGGAACAGUAACUGCGAUAUACGUAAUUCUACGCCUCUAAUAUCCUAAUCAUUCAUCUGGCGGUAAAUUGCAAGAAAAUACCAAUUCUGACACAUUCGAAAUGCGACCUUUGUUAGGACACGACUCUCGCGACAAAUCUUCGGGAUUCUUAAUGACAAGCGAAAGUCGAAUUCGAUUUUCAAGUUGGACAAUUUCCAAACGUAUCUCUGCCAUACACUUGUACAAAUACACCGCGCGUCCCGUGAGAAGAAUUGAAGACUACAUUAAAGUAAGAGGAGAGCAAUA